AUGGCCUCUAAAAUUCUUCCAUUCUUCUUCAUAUCCACUCUUAUUUUGCUUCUUCAACUUCACAUCUCAUCAGCCGGACGAUAUGGCUACCCAGGACUUGAUGCUGUUAGAGCAGGCCGCUGGUUUCCGGGCCAGGACUUUUCAGCUUCCGAAAUAAACUCCACUCUUUUCACUCACCUUUUCGCCGUUGCUGCCGAUCUUGAUUCUCAGGCCAACAAAGUUGUCAUCACCUAUGAAAACUACACUGAAAUCUCCACCUUCACACAGACUGUCCAAAAAAUCAAUCCUGACGUCAAAACCCUUCUAUCAAUUGGUGGAGGCAUAGCAAAGAAAUCCGAAUACGCAUCAAUGGCGAGCGAAACCACCACCAGAAAGACCUUCAUCGAAUCCUCCAUAAACGUCGCCAGGCAAAACAAUUUCCACGGCGUGGAUUUCAACUGGGAUUAUCCCUCUACCCCCAAGGAGAUGACCAACUACGGUUUACUCCUGAACGAGUGGCGAAACGCAAUUCAAUCUGAAUCCACCUCCUCAGGCAAGCCGCCUUUGCUUCUAUCUUCAGCUGUCUUCCACUCAUCCGAUUAUGAAACCAUAGCUUACCCAAUUGAUGCCGUCUCAAAUAACCUGGACUGGAUCAAUGUCAAAGCUUAUGAUUUUUACAGCCCGGCCGGGUCACAUGUAACGGCACCUCCUGCAGCAUUAUACAAUCCUUUAAGCGAUGAAGCUAAUAGUGACAAAGAUUAUGGGGUGACGACUUGGAUUAACGCCGGGGUGCCGAAGCAGAAGGUGGUUUUUGGGAUUCCGUAUUACGGGUAUGCGUGGAGGCUGGCGGAUGAAGAUGAUCAUGGCUUUUUUGCACCAACAGAAGGGCCAGCGCUGAGUUCAGACGGGUCUGUUGGGUACAGCGAGAUCAGGGAGUUCAUAAGGAGAGAAUAUGCGAAAACUGUGUAUAAUGAAACUGCUGUUUCCAACUACGCAUAUACUAAAUCAACUUGGAUUGGGUACGAUGAUGUGCAGACUGUUGCCACUAAGGUUGAGUAUGUGAAGAAGAGUAAAAUGCUUGGCUACUUUGCCUCUCAUGUUCAUCGUGAUGAAAAUUCGGUGCUUUCCCGGACAGCUUACGAUGCAUGGGAGGGAGACUCAAGUGACUCUUCCACCAAUGGGUGUGGACCAUGAAUUUAUGUACAUGUAUUUACAUGGCUCAAGUGACUUGUUCUAAUAAUAAAAAUAAUGUAAGUGGGCAAAUAUAUAGAUAUAUGCUAAGCCAAGGAUUAUGUAUGUGUAAUAAGUGCCCACAUAUGCU